AUGCAGAUUGGUCACACGGCAGCAUGGGAGGAGCAAGCCUGGGCAGUCGCGCAGAUGGACGUGUUGGAGGGGGUGCGGGGGAAUGGAAGGAGGCUGGCACGUCUGGGAAGUCACACUGAUGUGUGGGUGGAGGUGGGGGGGAGAGGGGGAGGGGACAUGCACGGCACACACGAGGUGGGGGGAGGGGGUGGAGGAGGGGGCACAGGGAGGGGGCUCACCAAGGGAGUGGGGGAAGGAGGGGGGAGAGGGGUGGGGAGAGGGGUGGGGCGGCGACGCUUGCUGGGGCUGAAGGGCCGAUCGGUGGCAUACCUACGUGCUGACAGCUCGGCCCUUGUUGCCGCACCGCCCUGGCUGCCAGUGCUGCAGCAGCUGGGUGUGAGCAGGGGGCACGUGGGCAGGCGACGAGGAGACACGGGUGCUGGGGAAGAAGAUGAGGCCCUCUUCCUUCCCCCGGCACUAACAGACGAAGCUCGCCGCCUCUUCAAUGCCUUUGCCCACCACUUCCGAUGCGCCAUUGGUGCUCCCAUGCCUGCACACCAUGCUGCCUCUGGUGCUGCUUCCACGGCCGCAUCUGGUGCUGCUUCUAGUUCCAUAGCUGCUACUGUGGAAAGACCUGGGGUGGUGACAGCAGAAGCAGGGGCAGUAGAGGCAGCAAGGGAAGCGGCCAUCCCCAUCCCCAUGCCUCGCAUGCCCCCGCACUGGCCGGUGCUGUACCUGCUGCUGCAUGCGUGCGACAAGCUCACAUUGUUUGGCCUUAUCCGCAACGCCUCCGUGCACGGGCUGCAGAGGUCACUUCUCCUCCCUUGUCUCCCACCCUUUCUCCCCCAGCCCCAUGCACGUCCCCUUAAUGCGCUCGGAGCUGCAUCGGCGCCCGCCCCUACUGGUGCUGGAAUUGCUUCUGCAUGCACUAGUGCGCACCAACCUGCUCAGCUGCUCCCUUGUUUUCUGCUCCGCACCCCUUUCCUCCCCUUCCUCCCCUCCCCAUCCUUUGCCCUCCCCCCCAGCCCCAUGCACGUUCCCUCAAUGCGUUCAGAGCUGCACCGCCGCCCAUCCUUGCUGGUGCUGGAGUCACUGCUGCAUGCACUGGCGCGCACCAACCUCCUCAGCUGUUGCGGGGGCAUUGGGGACCCUCACUGCGUCCCUUCCUUCUUCCCCCUUCCCCGUCCCUUCCCCUCUCCCCCCUGCGCUUCCCCCCCCAGCCCCAUGCACGUCCCCUCAGUGCGCUCGGAACUGCAUCGCCGCCCAUCCCUACUGGUGCUAGAGUCGCUGCUGCAUGCACUGGCACGCACCAACCUCCUCAGCUGCUGCGGGGGCAUCGAAGACCUCUUCCGCCACCUGCCCCUGCUGCUGCCUGGGGCAGGGAGUGGGGGUCGGAAGGGGGCGGUGGCUUCUGGUGCAGGUGGUUUUGAUGCAGGCAUGGCUGGGGGGAGUGUGGCUGGGGAUGGUGGGGGGAUUGUAGAACGAGGCUUGGGGAAGGGAGGGCAGGAGAGGCGAGGAGAAGAGGGUAUGGCACAGAGGCGUGAGAAUACUUGGAGUGGCGCUGGUGGUGAUACUGCUGAUGCGAGUGGGAAUACUGGGAGCACUGAUCUUGGCCGAAGAUCUGUUAACGAGGAAGACUAUGAUGAGGAUGAGGUGGAUGGCAGAGGGAAGACAGGGAAUGUGGUGGAGGGACAGGGCGCAGUGGAGGGGGCAGGGUGGGGGGAUGAGUAUGGUGAUGAGGGGGAGGAUUGGGGGGAGGGAGGAGAGGGGGAGGGGGGUGGAGAAGGGGCGGCGGGAGGAGAAGACGAUUAUGAGUAUGAUGAUGACUACUAUGGGGCACCUAUUGAGGAGCUGAUGAGUGACUUGGAGCAUGCCAAUGCGGCACAUGCCCAAGAAGUGCAACAAACAGAUGCGUGA